AUGGUCUCUAAUGAGCCAAGUGGGACAAUCAUGACCUUCCACCCAACCAUGGAAGAAUUUAAAGAUUUCAGCAAAUAUAUUGGUUACAUGGAAUCCCAAGGUGCCCACCGAGCUGGCCUGGCGAAGGUCAUUCCACCCAAGGAAUGGAAAGCCAGACAGACCUAUGAUGAUGUCAAUGACAUGGUGAUAGCCACUCCCCUCCAGCAGGUGGCGUCUGGGCAAGCAGUUGUGUUCAUUCAAUACCACAAAAAGAAGAGGACCAUGAGAGUGGGCGAUUAUCGCCUGUUGGCUAACAGUGCACAGUAUCAGACUCCACCACACUUGGACUUUGAGGAUCUGGAGCGGAAAUACUGGAAAACGCGCCUGUGGGACUCGCCCAUAUAUGGCGCUGACAUCAGUGGCUCCUUGUUUGAUGCCAACACUAAGCAAUGGAACCUUGGCCACCUGGGAACCAUCCAGGACCUGCUGGAGCAGGAGUGUGGGGUUGUCAUCGAAGGCGUCAACACCCCCUACCUGUACUUUGGCAUGUGGAAGACCACCUUCGCUUGGCACACGGAGGACAUGGACCUUUACAGCAUCAACUACCUGCACUUCGGGGAGCCCAAAACGUGGUACGCGGUGCCCCCAGAGCACGGCCAGCGCCUGGAGCGCCUGGCCAGGGACCUUUUUCCGGGCAGCUCUCGGGGCUGCGAGGCCUUCCUACGGCACAAGGUGGCCCUCAUAUCGCCCACUGUCCUCAAGAAGAACGGGGUCCCGUUCAGUCGCAUCACUCAGGAGGCUGGAGAGUUCAUGGUGACCUUUCCCUAUGGCUACCACGCUGGCUUCAACCAUGGCUUCAACUGUGCGGAGGCCAUCAACUUUGCCACCCUGCGAUGGGUCGACUAUGGCAAAGUGGCCUCUCAGUGCAGCUGUGGGGAGGCCCGGGUCAGCUUUCCCAUGGACGUGUUCGUGCGCCUCCUGCAGCCCGAGCGCUAUGAGCUGUGGAAACGCGGGCAGGACCGGACUGUUGUGGACCACGUGGAGCCCACGGCAUCGCGCAGCCAGACGCUGAGUCCCGAGGCUGCCGCGGCCCUCUGCUCCUUGAAGCCAGACCCAUCCUCACAGCCAACCUCGGGCCCAUCAGCCCAGCCCAGCCAACUGGCACACGUGGUGGGGGAAGUGGUCAUCGUCCACAGGAACAGGGGACUCGAGUGGACUGUCAGGCCCCGGCUAAGAGGCGCCGCCUAG